UUAUUUAAUAUGGAAAAUAUCACUUUCAGCAGAUUUUAAAUUGUAAACAAAUUUAAUCCUCGGCACAUGCCUAGCAUUCAUAAUCUCCCGGCGCAUUCUUUGAAUUCCUUCGAUAGUUUCUCCACAUCUCCAGGCAAGUAGGCGGCGCAACCAUCUGACAAAACGUCAACGGUGUUGCCGUUGUUUAACGUGCAGCUCCCACUUCUUCAGUCUUAUGUGUUUUGUGCGCCCUAUGAUGUUGAUGUCGCCACCUCCUGAACCUACCAUCUUACCUGUCAUCUGUUGUCAAAUCUGUGACAGUUGUUUUGUUUUUAUUAGUGUUGUUUUGGAUUUCUAAAUUAAAAUAAAAAUAAGGCCAUUAAAAGUUACAACGCAGAAAAUUUUUUUUGCACCCUGCACAAUGGAUUUGCUAGGAUCUAUAAUGAGCGCUAUGGACAAACCUCCAACAUUAUCAGAAAAGGAGAGGCAGAUUAUAAAAAAAAGAAAAGAGGAAAUUGAAAAAAGACAAAAUGAAGAAAGGGAAAAAAUGGAACGUUUCAAAAGUAGGGUGGAAAUAAAACUGAUAACAUAUUUCAGCGAUCCGAAAAAUGUUAUGUUAAAGUUUGAACCUAUGGAUCACUUGUAUAGAAGCAUCGUACAUGAAUUGGCAGAGACACAUGGAUUUUUAUCAUAUGCUUUUGGAACUGAUGGUAUAGAUAGGUACAUAAGAAUUUACAGAAAAGGAAAUGCACCUUGUGAAGAUGAACUGGCAGCACGGAGAAGAGGUGACCCUUGGAAUGAAGAAAUCAGAAGACAGCUUAAAGAAAAAAGGAAGUUAGAAGAACAGGAACAGAAAGAGUCAGAAGGUACUAAAAGGAAAAAGAAGUUUGUACCGAAUUCAAAUUAUAAGGACAAAUAUGCUCACCUUAUUGGACAAGAUGCAGCAUUAGAAGCAGCAAGGAAGACAGAGACCAAUAAAACCUAUGGCUUUGGUAAGAAACUCAAGUUAUUGACAAUUUAGAUCCAAUUCACUUCUUUACUUUUAAAGGGUCUUGAAAUAUAACAAAAUAUUGUUUUUUUUAAGGUUGCUCUCAAUCUUAUGGCUGACUGACAAUGUUUGUAACUUGAUCCAAAGCUAAAAUUUUGCUGUAUUAAGACUAGCUUUAAUGCUACUCCCAGACAAUAUGCCUCUUUUAUGUUCAUACUUACAAGAAAAGAAUCGCACUUUGUCUUUGAAUUAAUAAAGUGUAGUGUCUCUGAAUCUUGAGGAAUUGAAUAAAUCCUUUUACAUAAUUUUGUAUGUAUACCACACUCUACUGGUAGAUGUAUUGACUAAAUUGUAGCUCUGCCAAUUAUUAAAAUACAUUUGUCCCUGGUUUUGCAUUCCUUAUAUAACUUGUAUCACAAAAAUUUUUGCAGUCACCAAAAAUAUACAUUUUUUUUCAGUCCCAAGUGAAAACAAAAAGGAUAUAAGGUCAAUUGAACAAACAAUGGCUGAUAUAAGGGCAAAGAAAAGGCAAAAGCAGAAUGAAGAGCCAAAUGGUUCAACUGAGCAGUGAUCUAAAUGUUAGAGAUUAGUUUUUUCCCCACUGACUAUAUUGUGUAUAUUAUAUGUUGCAAGUUUUAUGUUUUUUUUUUUAAUAAACACAGC